AAACAAAAACAACUACAAGAAGCCAGAACCGUGCUGCAUCUUUGCGAGCCCACGAGCGAAGAAUUGUCACUGAGGUUGCAGUUGGUGUGAAGAGAGGAUCUGACGAACUGCUCUCAGGCAGUGUUCUCAGUAGUCCAAACUCUAAUAUGAGCAGCAUGGUAGUUACAGCCAAUGGUAAUGAUAGUAAAAAAUUUAAAGGAGAAGAUAAAAUGGAUGGUACACCUUCUCGUGUACUUCAUAUUCGAAAAUUACCUGGUGAAGUGACAGAAACUGAAGUUAUUGCUUUAGGCUUACCUUUUGGUAAGGUGACCAAUAUCCUUAUGCUAAAAGGAAAAAAUCAGGCUUUUUUGGAACUGGCAACAGAGGAAGCAGCUAUUACUAUGGUUAAUUACUACUCUGCUGUGACACCUCAUCUUCGCAACCAACCGAUUUAUAUCCAGUACUCGAAUCACAAAGAACUAAAGACAGAUAAUACAUUAAAUCAACGUGCUCAAGCAGUUCUUCAAGCAGUGACAGCUGUGCAGACUGCAAAUACUCCUCUUAGUGGCACCACAGUUAGUGAGAGCGCUGUGACUCCAGCCCAAAGUCCAGUACUUAGAAUAAUUAUUGACAAUAUGUACUACCCUGUAACACUUGAUGUUCUUCACCAAAUUUUUUCUAAGUUUGGUGCUGUAUUGAAGAUAAUCACAUUUACAAAAAAUAACCAGUUUCAAGCUUUACUCCAGUAUGGUGAUCCAGUAAAUGCUCAACAAGCAAAACUAGCCCUGGAUGGCCAGAAUAUUUAUAAUGCUUGCUGUACCCUGAGGAUUGAUUUUUCCAAAUUAGUGAAUUUGAACGUAAAAUACAACAAUGAUAAAAGUAGAGAUUACACUCGACCUGAUCUUCCCUCUGGGGAUGGACAGCCUGCAUUGGACCCAGCUAUUGCUGCAGCAUUUGCCAAGGAGACAUCCCUUUUAGGGCUUCCUGUUGCAGCUGUUCCAGGAGCUCUGAGUCCUUUGGCUAUUCCAAAUGCUGCUGCAGCAGCAGCUGCAGCUGCUGCUGGCCGAGUGGGUAUGCCUGGAGUCUCAGCUGGUGGGAAUACAGUCCUGUUGGUUAGCAAUUUAAAUGAAGAGAUGGUUACGCCCCAAAGUCUGUUUACCCUCUUCGGUGUUUAUGGAGAUGUGCAGCGUGUGAAGAUUUUGUACAAUAAGAAGGACAGUGCUCUUAUACAGAUGGCUGAUGGAAACCAAUCACAACUUGCCAUGAACCAUCUUAAUGGGCAGAAAAUGUAUGGAAAAAUUAUUCGUGUUACUCUGUCUAAACAUCAGACAGUACAACUACCUCGAGAGGGACUUGAUGAUCAAGGGCUAACAAAAGAUUUUGGUAAUUCCCCAUUGCAUCGUUUUAAGAAACCUGGAUCCAAAAAUUUUCAAAACAUUUUUCCUCCUUCUGCAACUCUCCACCUAUCUAAUAUUCCUCCUUCAGUUGCAGAAGAAGAUCUACGAACUCUGUUUGCUAACACUGGGGGCACUGUGAAAGCAUUUAAGUUUUUUCAAAGAGAUCACAAAAUGGCUCUUCUUCAAAUGGCAACAGUGGAAGAAGCUAUUCAGGCCUUGAUUGAUCUUCAUAAUUACAACCUCGGUGAAAAUCAUCAUCUGAGAGUAUCUUUCUCCAAGUCGACAAUUUAAACAGGGGGAGAUGAAAAUUGGGGGUGAAUCACAAUGUUCAGUGUCAUCACCUAUUGACUGUUCAGAAAAGUGGGGACCAGAGUUUGAUUUUUUUUUUGUUUGUUUGUUUGUUUUUUUCAUGCUGUUAUCAUUCCUUGGUUACAGAACGAAAUGGCAUAUGUAAAGGCAGAGUUACUAACUGCUAUAUUUCAUCUGUUCUAUAGGGAAAGCCAUUUUUAUUGUCUGUUUAAAAUUUCAGUUAAAUUUUGCUUUCUUUUUUUUCAACUUAGUUGACAUACGUGCCUUAAAAAGGAAAACUAGUGUUGCUAUUGUGCAUUUACUAGAAAAAAGGAAUUGGUUGUCUAGGGCACAUUGUUAUAUGGGAAUUAAAAUAUGUUUAGGCAGGGGUGUGUCAAAAGGUUAAGUUUUUUUUCUCCUGCUUGGAACUUAUUUUGAAUUAUUGGCUUAUCACAUUUCUUUCUAAUAACCAAAUAAGAUACAUGGUAUUGAAAGAAUAGAGCAGCAUUUUUAGUUGUUACUACUUUAGGCUAUAUUGCUUUAAAAAACAUUGGCCUUUUGUAUCUCACAAUUCUGGUCUAGAUUCAGUUAUGAAUGUAGGCAUUAGUUAAAAUUAACAAGAUGCAGAGUAUUAAUUUCUUAAGACAACAAAGUGAUUUCUGUAAGUUUGAGCCCUAUGUGGAAAGCAUUGUGGAAUCUUAACCUUUUUGUACACACUCUUGUGGGACGUAUCAUAUAAAUGUCAGCACUAAGUAAUGUCUUGUUUGUGGCUGAAUAUUUUUCGUAGAUGUUUUUGAAGUUGACAUGACUUACGUGCAUUUAAAUAUAUAUUGCCAUCCUUAGUUUGUAAUUAAGAUUUGGAAUAUGGUUGUGGAUUUCUGAGCAUGUGCAGACUGGUCUAGCUAGUUCCGGAACUGGUGCAUGUAUUUUUCAAAGGUAAAGAAA